AUGCUUACAAUAAACAUAAAGAAAAAGUGUCCAAAAGGAGAUCUUAGAAGUUCACAAAGAGAAUGCGGAUGUUCUGGUGAUGUAACUGCGUAUCUUAGAACAAUUAGCGAUAAGUACCGUGAAUAUAAGGAGUGCAAACACCAUUCCAAAACUUUUACAAUUUGGAAUUUAAAUUACGAUGGAUACCCUCUUACUUAUGAAGAUGAGGGAUCUAGUAAACUUACUAAACAUAGGAUCAAUGAGUUAUCCACUUACUAUAAUAGAACAUAUGACAGUAAGAAGGAUCAUAUAGAAAAGCCUCUUCUGAUAAGAGUUAAAGGAAAUGAUGGCAACUAUAAUUGGUAUGAAAACACUGGGGAAACAUCUAAUACUAGAUGGAGGAAGAUCGUAGAUGAUGGAUUUUAUGAACAUGAGAACCCAACUGAGAAACUUAGAGAGAAACUCAAUAAACUCACAUGUGAUUUGCACAAACUUCAUAUUGUCGACAUUAGUGCAACGCAAGGUUAUAAUUGUGCAUGUGGUGAAAUCAACGUCACAGUUUCUGAAGAGAAUAAUAGCGAUGUUGAAGGCUAUACUAAAUAUAACUACAAAUACAAUGGUGACAAAAACUUUGUUAGGUACAGACAUGUUAGUCUUGAAGAUAACGAUGAGGACGGCAAACUCCUUGAUCUAAAUGAUAUAACCGGGGAUCUCUCUGUCUACUACUGGAAUGAAGAUGAAGGUAGAAAGAGACCCCUACUUAUUGAAGUGGAUGUUGGAGGUAUGAAAGCUUAUUAUGAAAAUAAAGGGGAACAAAAUAACAGGAAAUGGACAUCAAUAGGACCAGAGAAUGCUGAUGUGGGAAAUGGUUUGAGAUUUCCUCCUAAUGAGCUAAAGGAUAAACUCAAAGAGCUCACCUGUAGACUUUUCGGCCCGGUGAUCAUAGAUGUUUCCAAGAAAGGACCAUAUCAUAACCCAUACUGUAAAAAUGAGGAAUGUAAGAAUGGAGAAUGUCCUGAUAAAGUAAAGGUUGAUAGUCACAGUAGACUGCAACUAGAUGGGUAUAAAGCUGUCCGACACACUUAUGGAGGUGGUAGCUUUACCAUAACUGGUUUCACUGGGGAACCUAAUAUAUACGAGAGAAAACUUCCAAUAUGGGAGGUUACGGAAGUGGUUGCCUUCUUUCCCGAGGGCUAUAAACCUUUCCUUGUCUAUGUCAGCAGUGAUGGCGGAAGGACUAAAAAGUGGUACAGUAGAACUUACAAUGAUCCUAACAAAUGGGAAGAUAUCUCCAGUCAACUCAAGAAACCACCACAUGAGGUUACUGGUCUUGAGGAUACUCUAAAGAUUAUUAAACAACUACAAGAAAUACUACAACGUUCUGAAGAAUCUCAAUCUGCUAAACAACCUGGAUCAGGAUCUGAAGGUGAUGAUGAGGAGGAGGAAAAAGAAGAGGAAAUGUCAUCACAGCCUCAACAACCUCCUCCUGUAGCUACUCCUCCAGAUACUCCUACUGCCCUACCUCUAAUCUCUCCAAGUGGUGGAAGCCAUGCUGGUUCUAGCUAUAUUGGAGGUGGGUCAGUGGAAGUAAUAGGAACAGAAAUAGAGGGUGUAGAGUCAGUAGUACCAGAAAUAGGACCAGUAAUACCAGGAUUAAUAGGAGAGGAAGUAGUCCCAGCUGCUGACUUAUCUGACCAGGUUCCUGAUGCAGAGUUUGAGACCAGGGUUCUCCCAGAAGCCCCUCCUAUGGUUCAAGUUGAUGGAGAUGUAGUAGUUGAUCAACCUGGAGAUGGUGUUGUAUACCUAGAAGGUACUCCUGUGACAUAUAUUGGAAGACUAGAAGGAUCUGAACUUUCUGGGUUUACUGUUGAUGAAGGCAUUCCAGCAGCUGACCUAUCUGACCAGCUUCCUGAUAUAGACUCUGAAACUAUAGGACUAGAAUAUAUUCCUGUGGCCCAGAUGGCCGCUACUGUUGGACUUCAAGGACAACCUGCUCCUGUGGAACACCCUAAUUUCACCUUCGAUGACCAUGACUUUCGGCAUGUAUAUGAUGGAGGACUGGAAGGUAGAGUUAUUCAACCGGACAGGAAGUCUUCUGAUCCAGAAAAUAUUGAAUACCUAGAAGUCCCAGUUGCUGCUUUCACCCCUCCUGAAGAACCACCUCCUCUUCAUCUCUUUCUUCCUCUUUAUACUUUUCCUCCUAAACAACCCGCUCGUCAACAAGCUCAAGCUCUACCUCAACAAGGCUCAGUCUCUCCUCAUCCUCCAGGUCAAACCCCUCAAGAAGCUAAAACCCUUCCUGGAAACUCUAAUCCUAACACUCCUGAAAUUAUUAAGACUACCAUCUCUGUAACUACGGGCAUUCUUGGUACUUCUGCCUUGGCUUGUUUUGCAGGAUGGAAACUUUAUAACCGCUUUAAAGGAGAUCCUUGGGUUAGACAGAUUUAG